AUGCGAAAAAUAAGAAGAAAACCUAACGCUUCUCUGAGUGACAAAAGACCUCGAACUUCCUUUACUGUCUCUCAAAUAAACAGGCUGGCUGCCGAAUUCGAAAUGGACAAAUAUUUAAAUGAAGCUCGACGACAGCAUCUAGCUCGAGAGUUGAAUUUGAAAGAGUCGCAAGUUAAAAUAUGGUUCCAGAAUAAACGGGCAAAGACGAAAAAGGCCUCUGGGGUGUGCAAUUCCCUCGCUCUUUAUUUGAUGGCAGAAGGGCUAUACAAUCACUCAGUUAGAGUCGAAAAAUCAACCUAA